CCCUAGAAAUCCCCAAUCCCCUCCACGGAAAAAAUCAAAACCCCCGAAAAACCCCGACGAUAAAAAAAAAAGAAAAACUCUCUCAGCUGCAGCAGUGGCGCCCGACUCAGUACUCCUCGUCUCAUUUCACUUUGCGUUACCGGAUUCCACAGUAAGCUGGCGACGUAAUAAGUGUCAUUAUUCGACCGGACUUCUCAAAUACGGUAGAUGCUACUGUAAAGACUCGGCACGAUCCAGGACACUCUCAACCUAAAGGAUGCAGCAGCAGCAAUCAGCAAUGGAGGAGGGAACGGCGUACGAGCCCCCCACCUACGACGAGACCUUUCCCGAGCUCCCCGGCUCAGGGAGUAACUCAAUAACCUCCACCCCCCUGCUAAGAAUGAAUGAUCGUAUGCGAGUUGGUUCGUCCCACGUGACGCAGGUGUUUCACGUUCCCAUGGAGGAACGUAAAUUCGAUCACAGUAAUAAAUUCGGUGAGGGUGAAUCGAUGCGCACGUGUCAAACGAUAAUGAAAGAGACCCGCACGCACAUCGAGAUGUCAUCAUCGAAGAAUCAAGUCCUUACAUUCGUACUGACCGGCAAGCAGAACGAAGUGAUGGACGCGAGAAGAAGAAUUUUGGCAACUUUCCAGACUCAGACUAGCAAGCAGAUAACUAUUCCGAAGGAACAUCAUCGCUGGAUUCUGGGAAAACAGGGACAGCGUCUGAAGGAUCUGGAAAAAACGACAGCCACCAAGAUCAACAUGCCCUCGAUGGAAGUACAGAGUGACAUAAUAACAAUCACAGGAACUAAGGAGGGAAUUGAGAAGGCUGAGCACGAGAUUCAUGUCAUAUCGGAUGAACAGUCGCGAAAGGCCUUCGAGCGUGUGACAGUUCCAAAGAUCUACCAUCCAUUCAUUCGGGGUGCACACGAUGAGAAUCUCAAUUCAAUGAUAACCGAGACAGGAGCUCGAAUCAACAUUCCACCGCCAUCCGCCCAGAAUGACCAGAUCACAAUAGCCGGUGAGAAAGAGGGUGUCAAUAAUGCCAAGAGAAUGAUCGAACAGAUCUACAUGAACAUGGAGAAGCGCUGCAGUUCUGUAUCGGUUGAAGUGCCGAAAUCUCAGCACAAGUACGUCAUAGGACACAGGAACAGUACAAUAGCUGAGAUUCUCCAGUUAACGGGGGUUUCUGUGGAGAUGCCACCGGCUGACUCGCCAACAGGAACAAUAACUCUUCGGGGUCCCCAGGAGAAAUUGGGUCAGGCACUUGACAAGGUCUAUGAGAAAGCCAACUCGGUGCGUACGAUCGAAGCACCUGCGUGGAUUCACAAAUACAUUAUCGGUCCCAAAGGUGCUAAUAUCAACAAAAUCACCCAGGACCUUCCGAAAGUCAACAUCAGCUUCACCGCCAAUGUCGAUAAGAUCAAGAUCGAGGGACCACCUGAGGACGUGGAGAAGGCACGGGAGCACGUUGAGUCACACGUACAGGAUCUCAUAAACAAGCUGACAUUUGUUGAACUGAAAGUCGAUCCAAGAUACUUCAAGCAUAUAAUAGGAAAGAGCGGUGCCAAGGUGAAUCGUCUGAAGGAGGAGACAGACGUGGUGAUCAAUAUAUUCGAGGCCGAUGGCCAGAAUAUGAUCAGGAUUGAGGGAAAGAAGGCGGGAGUGAGAGAGGCCGAGACGCAGUUGACGGAGAUGGUGAAGAAAUUGGAGAACGAGAAGGAGAAGGACGUGAUCAUUGAUCAUCGCCAUUACGCAAGCAUAAUAGGUACCAAGGGCUUCAAUAUCAAGGAGAUCAGGGACAAGUUCAAUCAUGUCCUGAUAACGAUUCCUGGGCCUGAGGAAAAGGGGGAUAUCGUGAAGAUACGAGGGCCCAAGGUGGAUGUCGACAGGUGCCACAAGUACCUCAUGAAGCUUGUCAAGGAGCUCGAUGAAAGUUCGUACGUCGUGGAGGUGCCGAUAUUCAAGCAAUUCCACAAGUACGUGAUCGGCAAGGGGGGGGCUAACCUCCGGAGAAUUCGCGAGGAAAGUCAGACGAGGAUAGACUUUCCUGCAGAAGUGGAUGAUACCGAUGUUAUAACGAUCACAGGUAAAAAGGAGAACGUCAAGAUCGCUUGUGAUAUGAUUCAGAAAAUCCAAAACGAGUUGUCGAGUGUUGUUGAGGAGGAGGUGACGAUCUCUCCAAAGUACUACAACCGCCUGAUUGGAAUCGGUGGCAAACUCAUUCACUCCAUCAUGGAGGACUGCGGGAGAGUGAUGAUCAAGUUCCCACCAGCUGAUAGUAAAAGUGAUAAAGUAACAAUCAGAGGUCCCAAGGACGACGUUGAGAAGGCGAAGCAACAGCUCCUCGAGCAGAUCCAUGAGAACGAGCUGUCGAGUUUCUCAGACAUCGUCAGGGCAAAGGAGGUCUACCAUAAAUUCAUAAUCGGUCGUCAGGGGGCCAAUAUCAAGCGAAUACGUGAGUCUACGGGGGUGAGGAUUGUCUUCCCGACUGAGCAUGACGAGGAUAAGGAGGUGAUCACGAUCAUUGGGAAGAAAGACGGCGUGGAAAAGGCCAAGGAGGAGCUGGAGGCCACUAUCAGGGAGAUCGAUAAUAUUGUUGAGGACGAGAUGCAGAUUGAUCCUAAACAUCAUCGGCACUUCGUCGCGAGGAGGGGUGGAGUUUUGUACAAAAUUGCUGAGGAUUGUGGAGGCGUGCAGAUAUCAUUCCCGAGAGUGGGGGUGGAUUCUAAUCGGGUAGUCCUCAAGGGGGCGAAGGAUUGCAUCGAGGCUGCCAAGCAAAGAAUGAGGGAGAUUGUUCGGGAGUUGGAGUCCAUGAUUUCUAUUGAGUGUGUCAUUCCUCAAGUACAUCACAGAACUGUUAUGGGCGCUAAGGGCUGCAAGGUCCAGACCAUCACGUCUGAGUUCGAUGUGCAGAUUAAGUUCCCGGAGAGGGAACCUCUUCACAGGGAGGAACACGAGGAGUCUCAGGUCAAUGGUGAGGGAGGAGAGAAUGGGGAAGUCAAGGAGACACCAGCUUGCGAUAUUAUUAGGAUUACAGGACAGCCGGAAAACGUGGAGAACGCUAAGAAGGCACUGCUCGAUCUGGUCCCCAUCACCAUUGAAGUCCCCGUGGCAUUCGAUCUUCACAGGUUGAUCAUCGGAAAGUCUGGAAAGGACGUGAGGAUCCUCAUGUCGAGGUACGAUGUACACAUCAAUCUGUCACCUGCCGAGGAAAAGCUGGACAUCAUCAAGAUCAUUGGGGCACCUCCUAACGUUCUGGAAGCCAAGGAGGCCAUCCUGGAGAGGGUCAAUGAUCUUGAGGCGCAGAAACAGGAGAGGGUGCUCAAGUCGUUUGAAGUCAAAAUUGAAAUCGAUCCGGAAUAUCAUCCAAAAAUUAUUGGACGUGGGGGCGCUGUCAUCAAGAGAAUUAGAACUGAUCACGAUGUGCAAGUGAACUUCCCCAGAAAGGGAGACCCUGACGAGCACAUCAUCACGAUUACUGGGUUCGAGAAGAACGCCCACGAGGCGAAGGACGAGAUUAUGAAGAUCGUCAAUGCUUUGAAUGAACUUAAUAAGGAGGAAAUACGUAUUGACUCUGCCGUACACUCGAGACUCAUUGGGGCACGGGGGAAAAAUAUCAAGAGAAUUAUGGAUGAGUACAAGGUGGAGAUCAAAUUCCCCAAGAGAAAUGAUGAGGAUCUCGAUCUUGUGACUAUUAUUGGACCUGAGGAGAAUGUCGUCGAGGCUAAAGAACACUUGCUCAAUCUUGAACAUGAAUAUCUUCAAGACAUUGAGGAACGGCAAAUCCGUCAAUCCCUCACUCGCACCACUAAACGCGAGUUGGAGCGUCCACGUGGCAGCGAAUCAGACUCUGGUUUCGUGGUCAAGGGUGCCCCCUGGGAGCAGAACGCGCCUCCAAGGUGUGCCCCAGACACAGCAAGUGUCGCUGACUUCCCGACCUUCGUCGGUCACGAUUCAAAUCAAGUCCCGGUCUCGGCACCCGAGGGCCCCUGGGGCAAACGUUAAGCCUCCAACUGAAAAGGUAAAAACUUUCCUGUAACGAAGCGAAAAAAUCGAGUGAGAAAUUCGCAUUCUUUCCUCGAUUUUUUCCACAAGAUGCGAAGAAAAAAAAAUGGGACUUCUUCCAUUUUUUCACAUCAUUAUAUCCCCCUCCCCCAUCCAUUGCUGAUCGCUGCUGCACAUCUGAAUUAAUGACCCUGGCCACUCAAAUUGGACAUCGAAUGAUUUUUGCUAUAGAAAUACCAAACAGUCUCGUUUAUUUACUCUCCAAUUGAAAUUUGUUAAUUCUCAAUGAGUUUUCUCUCGUAUUCAUGUAUCUGUAGUCGAAAUGCAUUUUAUACUCAAGUAUUUUUCCAACACUUGAGAUUACUAUCAAUUAAUGGAUUUUCUCUACAGAUAUAUCGUACUUAAGACUGGCUUCGACGUCGAAAAGACACCCUCGUGCAAUUGUACAUUUCCUCUGUAUUGAAAUUUAUUUCUCCUCGAACAACGAAUUCUUUUUUUGUACAUAAAAUUGCAUUUUUUCGUUCUCAUUCUCGUUGAGUGAUUUAUUCUCUUGGUUUAUCGAGGGCCUUUUGUAUUUAUUGAUUGCAUAAAAAAAGUGAGGUUUGCGUCCCAUUGUGACUAUUCUAUUCAUGUGCACCAGAAGGACAAUUUUUUUUAUUCAAUCACAUGAAAAAAACAGCCACAAAAAGCAUAAAUAAAAAGAUCUAAUAGUACUGAUUAAAUCGCAUACGUCUACAUGAGGCCAACUAGUUGAUAAAAUAUUAUGACUAAAAGAAGAGAAAAAAUAAGUGAAAGAGAAUGACAAAAAUGAAUAAAAAUAAUAAUCUACUUAUUCUGUUAAAAAGUGCCUUGUCUAUUUUCUUCGGGGACAGCUCAUUUUUUCAAUUGUUGGAGGAAUGUGAAUAUUAGUAAUUAUGUAUAUGGACAUAUUAUGUAAUUGAGUAUAUAAAUGAUUAUGCACGUGUACUAAGUAACGAAUAGAAACUAAUAGCGAUAGAAAAUCGGAAAACAAACAAAAAAAAAGUAAAAAGCUCUUCAAGUAGCCAAUAUAUGCCGAAUAUUAUGAAUGAGAAAUUAAUGAAUAUAAUGAACAAUAUAAGUUUUAUUAAUCGUGAGAGUUUGUGUACGUGUGCAUGUGAAAAUGAUUGUGUAACGAUAGAAUAUCCUCCCCCCUGAGGGGAUGAAAAUUGAUAAAUUAAAUUUUUUCAUCGAGACGAUGAUGUUAACGAUGUUAAUGUAUUUUCUAGAUUUUCAGCCAAUUUUUAUAAGCCUAAUGAAACGACCUACGUUCCACCAUCACUGGGUAAAUUAAGUGAUCGACUAAUCAAUUGUUUGAUUGAUAUAGAUGAUUAAUGAAAUUAUUUGCUGAUAUCAAAUGUGCAUGAGACAGGGAGAUGAAAUUUUAUCAAUUUUUUAAGUAAUUUCGGAUAGAAUUGUAAUUAUUAUACAUAAUAUACAUACUAUAAUGUAAUGGUGGAUCAUUGUGAGCUGGCAAUUAUCGUAUGGAAUUAAUUGAUCAAUGCGAAAUACUGUAAUAUUAGGGUAAUGCCAAUAUGAUUAAAUAAAUCAAUGAACUGUUGUUAAACGAU